AUGAUGCUCACAUCCAAGCAGCCAGUUCAUCACGGGUACCGGCCUGUCCAUGACCUACCGACGCCGCCUCGAUCCUCGCCCCCCUUGAGUAUCCAGGACCCUUUGCAGAAGCCGUAUCUAGCUUUCCCGCAGAAGCAGAGCCCAUCUACCAAGCCCAUGUCAGCGCCUCACCGUGGCCUGCCUCUCCCGGCAGCCAUGACAUUAGCUCAACCACCACCGCCCCCGGCUCCUGGUCCUCCUCACCCACCAGCCCCGGGGCCACCUUUACAUUCACAAGGGCAACCAAUCCCUUCACCGCAUAGUCAAUCGCUUGGUGCAUUACCGCCGCCCCCACACCAGAGUUCCGAGGAGUCGAUGAGGACCUGGCUAGUGGCAAAGGCCGAAGAAGAGAGGAGGAGACAGGAAGAAGAAAAGACACGGCAAGAGGGGUUGCGCCUAGAACAGAGGAGAUUGGAAUAUGAUAUGCUCCGAACAUCCUUGGAUCGCGGUAUCCCGCCGCCAAUGGUGCCAGUCGUGUUUGCUGGAAUGGGCGGCGGAGUACUUCCGCAGGCGGCUCUCGAAUGGGCGCAACAGUAUCUAAUGCCGCAGCAGGCGCAUGCAGGACAGAUUAUGCCAUCCCAAGGGGGUUUAUCUCCGGAGACCCGGAGAGAGUCUCAACAAUACGGAGGACAGCCCUACGGAGUUCCAUCGACGCCUGGGUCUGGAACGGGCGCCCAGGCGAGCUUUGUUCCCUAUCCAGGACCCGGCUCCCCGAGACCGAGAGCGCACACAAUGGGGAUGGGUGGAGCUGUAGGAAGACCGUUGGGAGGCUCUGCUCUACCUCGACUAAGUACUGGCGAAGGGCCCGGCGGGCCGUCUGGUAUCCCUCACCCAGCACACGCAUUAGCGCAGCAACAAGGAGCUCCUCAACAGCAAGAAACCCAGUCACCAUCGAUAUAUUUCCAUCAUUGGCAACCACCGACUACGCACGGAGGCUCUAAUCAGCCAGGAACGCCUUCUGUGGAAUCGCCUAAGAAACGAAAAGCGACCGGUCCCCAGCAACCAGCGCCUCCGCCAAGCCAACCGCGGUUUAGAUCACCGCCUUUCGGGCAGCACGGAGGAUCAACGUUAUCAAACCCCCCUCCAGGUCGACGACGAGGUCAUUCACGGCAGAGAAGUGAUAUUUCAUCCUAUCGAUCUGCAGGACGCGGUCGAAUUGAAUCUUUCGGUCCUCACAGAGGACUUUCACCUGGCCUCGGGCCGUCGAGAGAGGCCGGUAUGGGCGAAUCGUCGCAACAGCAACAGCAACCUCGGAGCGGUGCUCACUCGGUUUCGUCGUUGUUAUCGGAUCAACCGUCGCCACGAUAUCCUUCGGAAAUGAGGGCGCAGCAGGGCGAGAGCGAACGACGAAAUUCGCCGUCGACGUCGGAUGACAGGUCGCGUGGUGGUGGUGGUGCAGCUGGGGUAGGAUCAGCCACGGGCCAUCCUGGUCCUGGACGGGAAACUGAUUAA